AUGAUGUGGGUGGGGAGGCAGAUCGGAUUCCGGUCUCGCGUGUAUCUGGAUUGGGAGAAUUGCAAGGCAAAGUUUGAAUUCAUUCUGAGCACCCCCAACAUCAUCAUCAUGUACAAGUCGUGGUUGGUCGUCAUCGUAACGGUAUUGUUGACAGGUGAGGAUUGGGUUUCGUAAUUACCAUUGUAAUUAAUGCAAGAUUAGGGUCAUUUUAAUUAACCCGUUGUAGUCGGCGACGUCGGAGCGGCCAAGAAUGACAUAAUGAGCUGUGUGUUGUGUCAGGUGGUAGCGGAGUCGCUGAUGCAGCCGCACGCGUCGCCGGCCAUGUUGCUGGCGGACAUGUACCAGCGGUGCGGCCGAGUGGGGCUGAUGGAGCCGGUCUGCGACCAUCUGGUGGAUCAGAACGCGAAGCGCAUGGUGCAAGUGUUUUCUCAUGCUGGGCCCGCCUCGAGGCCUUUGCCUCGGGUUAUUUGCUCGAAACUGCAGCUCUGUGACCAUUCCUAA